GGAUGCUUUAACCACAAUCACCCGGUAUCAGCUGCUGCCUACGCGACGUAUCCGACUUCUCGUGGAGUUGACAAUCCACUUGUAGAAGCACGUGUGGAAGGUAUGUUGGCCGUAGGUGCAAAACGCGCUCGAAUCUACGACUAUCUUCUGGAACAUGAUCAGAAUGUCAUCCAAGUUGAUGUGGAUAACAUGGUGCGUGAGCAUAAAUCGUCGGUGUCACGUGUUGACGAUAACGAAGCUACCGCGAGAGAAGUCGCGACUUUCGCAGCAGCUGAUCCAGAGAACGUUGCAUCUAUUGCAGAUACUGAUGCAGGUGAAACGGGUGUCAUAUCGCUGGCGAGUGCACACAUGCGCCGUGUAUAUGGCCGAUUUAGCGAAGUGCUGCUAGUUGAUUGCAGCCACAAAACGAAUCGGUACGUG